UCACUCAAAUCCUAACAACACACAAAACAAUCACAAUGAAGAAACCUUCAGUAGUCUUUUUUCUCAGCACUCUCAUGUUGGCUGCAGUUGUCUGCAUCCAAGGACAAGGACCGGAAGAGGUGAUGGACAAGGACGGUAAUCCAGUUAAACUCGGUGAACAAUACUUCAUCCAGCCGGUGAAGACCAAAAGUAACAACGGAGGUGGUCUUGUCCCAGCGGCCACUAAUAUACUUCCCUUUUGUCCUCUUGGUAUCACCCAAUCACUCCUUCCGUACCAACCUGGCCUACCGGUUAGCAUCAAAUUACCAUACCCUCUAAUGGAAACAAUUGUUAAGACAUCAGUAGCUGUGAACAUCGAGUUCAAGUCCGACAUCUGGCCGGUCUGCAACGAAUAUUCCAAGUUAUGGGAAGUCGAUGUUUCCUCAUCAGCUCCCAAAGAGCCUGCGAUUCUCAUUGGUGGUAAACAACGAGAGAAGAAUAGCUGGUUUAGGAUCGAGAAGGCCGGAGAAGGAGAAGGAGCAAACACUUACAAGUUGACUACCGCAACCGGAACCGUUGGAGCCAUCCCUGGGACUUGGUUAGGUGCACCACAACUAGUUCAAACCAAUGAUGAUGCUAAGACCUUACUCGUCAAAUUCAGCAAGGUCGAUGAUGAUACUACGGCUACUACUUCUACUUCUCGGGUCGAGAAGUUAGGUCUACGGAUGUUCCCUUUCUACUAGUCAAGUGGUAACUAAAAUCAUGUAAUAUAAAGCCUGAGACUCGUCCAUGGCCAAAAUAAUGGGUUGAGAUAAUACCCAUACCCAUGUUCGUAUUAUCCAUGAAUUAAAUAAAACUAUGCUUUCUAGCGC